CUGAUAGGUGGCACUGAUUGGCAUUGAUAGGUGGCAAUGACUGGCACUGAUGGGUGACAUUGAAAGGCAGCUCAGAUGGGCACUGAUAUGUGGCAUUGAUGUGGCACUGAUGGGCACUGGCACUGAUGAGCACUGACUGCUGGCACUGAUGGACACUGACAGGUGGCACUUUUGGGGCCACGAUGAUCAUCAGGGCACACUGAUCAUCAGUGCCCUGCAGCUCUCCUCUCGAGCUGUCGGCGUGACAGCUCGAGAAGAGAGAAAUGCCGAUAACCGGCAU